AUGUUCACGCUCCCAGAUUUUGAGGCCCAUACCAGCUCUAUCGAACACUUAAUAUCAUCUACCAACCCUACAUCUAUUCUUCUCUGUGGUGACUAUAAUCUACCUCUUAUUAAAUGGUCUAAAAGCAACCAAGGUCUUUUCGCAUCUGGUACCAUGUCUAACACUUCUACUCAUCUUGUCGAUUCUUUCUCGUACUAUAAUUUUUACCAGCUCAACCAAGUGCCUAAUGCCCGUGGAUGCCUUCUUGAUCUUGUCUUUUCUAGUUUUGACACACCUACUGUCCAACUUGCCAACACUCCAAUCGUUUCUCCGGAUUCUUACCACCCACCUUUGUUUGUAUCUUUUCCAUUUCCAACUCCGAUAACUGCUCAAGACACACAUACAUACCGUGAUUUUAAAUCGGCUGAUUAUAAAUCCAUGCUCCGUUAUCUAGGAUCGUUUGAUUGGGAAAAUACUUUAUUUGGGAAAAUGCUUUAUUCAGUUGAUGAUUCUGCUGUUGUCUUUAACGAUGCACUUUUAAGCUCUAUAAAUAAGUUUGUUCCCAUCAAAGUUUUUUCACCUUUUAAAUUUCCUAAAUGGACAUCCACCAUUCUAAAAAAUCUUAUAAUAACCAAGAAGAAAGCCCAUGCUGUUUAUAAGCGAACCAAGUCGAUAUCUGAUUAUCUUGUUUUCUCUGAAUAUAGAGCAAAAUGUAAACGCCAGUCAAAAGUUGAUUACUCUGCUCAUAUUAGGCAUACCGAGGAGGCUCUAUCAUCUUCCCCCUCCAAAUUCUGGAAAUUUGUAAAUAAUCUAAAACAGAAACCUCCAAUUCCGUCAUCACUCCAUCUCGGUAAUAUUGCCUCAAAUACUCCAACUGAAUCAGCUAAUCUGUUUUCAACUUAUUUCUCUUCAACGUUCAACUCCUCGGCUUUCCAACUUUCACCAUUUACUGGCUCAUCUGAUUACUUAUCCUAUGAACUUCUUUCCGAUAUAACGUUUUCUGUCGACGAUGUUUUUUCCGCUCUUAAAUCGUUAAAAAAUACUUACUCUAAUGGUCCAGAUGACAUAUCCGCUCAAUGCUUGUACAAUUGUCGUUUUUCUAUUGCUUAUCCAAUAUAUUUACUAUUCAGGCGUUCAUUAGAUUUAGGUAUUUUUCCUAAGGUUUGGAAAAUAUCCUCUAUAGCACCUGUUCUGAAAUCUGGUGACGCUUCUGAUAUCCAAAACUACAGACCAAUUUCUAUAAUACCACAUAUUGGUAAAUUAUUCGAAUCGAUUGUAUACUCCAGAAUAAAGCGUAGUCUUAAUCAUCUUAUUAUAAGUGAGCAGCAUGGUUUUAGAUCGCAUAAAUCAACCGUUACAAGUGGUGUUGCCUUCUCCUCUUAUUUAUCAGAAGUUAUCGAACACAGAGGUCAGGUAGAUGUAAUCUUUACAGACUUUAAUAAAGCAUUUGACAAAGUGGACCACGAUUGCCUUAUAAUAGUGCUUGAGUCUUUAGGCAUUGGGAAUCCCCUACUAUCUUGGUUGCACUCUUACAUCACAGGUAGAAAACAAUUCAUAAAAAUCAAAAAUGCUGUUUCGGAGUUAGCUGUUAUACCAUCUGGAGUCCCUCAAGGAAGCCACCUUAGUCCUCAUUUAUUUAUUCUGUUUGUGAACUCGAUAACCAAAUGGAUCACUAAACUCCUUCUUUUUGCUGAUGAUAUAAAAAUAUUCCUUAAAAUAGACAAUCUUAAUUAA